AUGCCGAGCGGACCCAAGUCCAAUAAAUAUGUGAACCGCCACGCCGCGGAGGCCCGCGAGCGCGAUCAGGAGCGCCAGGCGAACGCGAAGGCUGCGCGGGAGAAGGAUAGGGAGGACGCCAUGUGGGCGGAGGACGAUCAAAAACAGCUGAAGAAGCAGGAGAAACAGCGUGAGACGGAGGAGAAGAUGCGGAGGCAAGCCGAGCUGAAGGCGGAGCGGAAGGAGCAACUGGAGCAGGAGGAGCGGGAGUUGGGCCAAAAGGUGCCGCAGAAAGUGACAAGGCGGCAGCUGCAGAAGGAUCUAUCCAAGAUGCUUAGCGACUACGAUAAGCUUAAGGAGAAGGAGCGGCAGCGGCAGCCCGGGGCUCUUGUCAAGGACGUGGGUGCUGCGCUGCCGGAGGGCAACCCGAACAGGAUGGCGAAGAACGAUGACAGGAACAACAGCAGCAACGAAAUCAAAGCAACUGGUGGCAUCAGUGACGCGCUUUCGGCGUUGCAGUCUGGCAUGGGAACGGGCGGUGUGUCUGUGCCGGAGGAUCGCCACAUUGGCAGGCGUGCACGCGUUGUUUACAGGAAAUUCUGUGAAGAGCACCUUCCCAGGCUGCGUGAGGAGAAGCCCGGGCUGCGCCGUCCGCAGUACAACGACUUGCUGUGGGAGAUGUGGCAGAAGAGUGAAAUGAACCCCUUCGUGCAGCGCAGCGAACAGCGGUCCAGGGAGCGCCUUGAACAGGAGCGCCGGUGGAUGGAAGGGGAGGAUGACGACGAGAGCGAUGGCGGUAACGAGGCGGAGAAGGAGUAG